CAUUAAGGACUGAAGGCAUCAAGGCGUCAGAUGUUCUUCCUGUGUUAAAGGAGAAAGUUGCCUUUGUGUCAGGUGGGCGAGAUAAAAGAGGCGGACCAAUCCUGACAUUUCCUGCCAGGAGUAACCACGACCGAAUAAAACAGGAAGACCUGAGGAGACUGGUAACCUACCUGUCUACUGUUCCCAGUGAGGAUGUGUGUAAACGUGGUUUCACCGUCAUCAUUGACAUGCGUGGUUCUAAGUGGGAGCUGAUCAAGCCUCUGCUGAAGACACUGCAGGAGUUUUUCCCGGCGGAGAUCUGUGUGGCACUCAUCAUCAAACCUGACAACUUCUGGCAGAAACAGAAGACAAACUUUGGCAGUGCGAAGUUCUCCUUUGAGACCAGCAUGGUGUCAGUUGAAGGUCUGGCCAAACUGGUAGAUCCCUCCCAGCUGACCGAUGACUUUGAAGGCUCUCUGGACUACAACCACGAGGAGUGGAUGGAGCUUAGAGUCUCUCUGGAGGACUUCAUGUCCAACGCUGUUCACCUGCUGUCCAGACUGGAAGACCUGCAGGAGGUUCAGUCCAAAAAGGAGUUUCCUGCAGAUGUGGAGGGAUCUCGUCGGUUGAUAGAUGAGCACACACAGCUGAAGAAAAAAGUGCUGAAGGCCCCAGUGGAGGAGUUGGACCGGGAUGGCCAGAGGUUGCUGCAGUGUAUUCGAUCUAGUGAUGGUUUUUCAGGGAGGAAUUGCAUCUCAGGCUCUGCUGACUUCCAGAGCUUAGUGCCCAAGGUGGCUAGUCUGUUGGAUAAGCUCCACUCCACUAGGCAGCAUCUCCAUCAGAUGUGGCACGUCAGGAAGCUGAAGUUGGAUCAGUGCUUCCAGCUCCGCCUGUUCGAACAGGACGCCGAGAAGAUGUUUGACUGGAUCAGCCACAACAAGGAAGUGUUCUUGCAGAGCCACACAGAGAUUGGCCGAGGAUACCAACAUGCCGUGGAGCUGCAGACUCAACACAACCACUUUGCCAUGAACUCCAUGAAUGCCUAUGUAAAUAUCAACAGAAUCAUGUCAGUGGCGAGCCGCCUGGCAGAGGCCGGUCACUACGCCUCAACGCAGAUAAAACAGAUCUCGAGUCAGCUGGACCAGGACUGGAAAAGUUUCGCUGCUGCACUCGACGAGCGCUCCACCAUCCUCGCCAUGUCGUCUGUCUUUCACCAGAAGGCUGAACAGUUCCUGUCGGAGGUGGAGGCCUGGUGUAAAGUCUGCAAUGAGGGGGGGUUACCGUCCGAGAUGCAGGAGUUGGAAAUCGCCAUCCACCGCCACCAGAGCCUGUACGAGCAGGUGACCCAGGCUUACACGGAGGUGAGUCAGGACGGCAAAGCCCUAUUGGAUGUCCUCCAGAGGCCUCUCAGUCCCGGCAACUCUGAUUCGCUGACAGCAUCUGCCAAUUACUCCAAAGCGGUUCACUGCAUCCUGGAUGUGGUUCACGAGGUUCUCCACCAUCAGCGGCGCCUGGAGAAUAUUUGGCAGCAUCGGAAGGUCCGACUGCACCAGAGACUGCAGCUGUGUGUGUUCCAGCAAGACGUCCAGCAGGUGAUGGACUGGAUAGAAAACCACGGCGAGGCUUUCCUCAGCAAACACACUGGCGUUGGGAAAUCCCUUCACAGAGCCCGAGCCCUGCAGAAAAGACACGACGACUUUGAAGACGUUGCUCAGAACACAUACACUAAUGCAGACAAGCUGCUGGAGGCAGCUGAGCAGCUGGCUCAGACUGGAGAGUGUGACCCUGAGGAAAUCUACAAGGCAGCCAGGCAUCUGGAAGUCCGAAUCCAGGACUUUGUCCGCCGAGUCGAACACAGGAAGCUGCUGCUCGACAUGUCUGUCUCCUUCCACACCCACACCAAGGAGCUGUGGUCCUGGAUGGAGGAGCUGCAAAAGCAGCUGCUGGACGAAGUGUGCUGCAAUUCGGUGGAUUCGGUUCAGACUCUGAUCCAGCAGUUUCAGCAGCAGCAGACGGCCACACUGGAGGCAACGCUCAACGUGAUUAAAGAGGGAGAGGAGUUAAUACAACAGCUCAGAGAUGCAGCCAUGUCGACCAAUAAGACGCCUCACUGCAGUUCCAUUGCACACAUCCAGGGAGUGCUGCAGCAGCUGGACGAGGCUCAGGGCCAGAUGGAGGAACUGUUCCACGAACGCAAAAUCAAGCUGGACAUUUUCCUCCAGCUACGCAUAUUUGAGCAGUAUACUAUAGAGGUCACAGCAGAGUUGGACGCCUGGAACGAGGAUCUAUCCCGUCAGCUGAAUGACACAGGCCGCUCCGGCGCUAGCAGUGGCAGCAGCAGCGGAGGGGGCGGCGCCUCCUCUGGCGGCGCAGAGGACAUUGGCCUGGCUGAGCAGCGGCUGAAACGACACGCAGAGAGGAAGGCAGCCAUGAACAACAUGACCUAUGAAGUGAUGCAGCAGGGUCAAGACCUGCACCAGUACAUCAUGGAGGUCCAGGCUUCAGGAAUUGAGCUGACAGGGGAGAAGGACAUGGACUUGGCUGCUCAGGUUCAGGAGUUGUUGGAGUUUCUCCAUGAGAAGCAGCAGGAGGUGGAGCUCAACGCACAACACACACACACACGGCUGGAGCAGAUCCUGCAGCUACGCCACCUACAGGCUGAGGUCAAACAGGUGUUGGGUUGGAUUCGUAAUGGUGAGUCCAUGUUAAACGCCAGCAUGGUGAACGCUAGCUCCCUGUCUGAGGCUGAGCAGCUGCAGAGGGAACAUGAGCAGUUCCAGAUGGCUAUAGAGUCUCUCUUCCAUGCCAACUCUCUUCAGAAGACUCAUCAGAGUGCUCUGCAGGUCCAGCAAAAAGCUGAGAUGGUGCUGCAGGUAGGCCACUAUGACCCAGAGGCCAUCAGAGGCUGUGCUGAGAAAGUGGCUGUGCACUGGCAGCAGUUGAUGCUGAAGAUGGAGGACCGUCUGAAGCUCGUUAAUGCCUCUGUGGCCUUUUACAAGACGUCUGAGCAGGUGUGCAGUGUGUUAGAGAGCCUGGAGCAGGAAUAUCGUCGGGAUGAGGACUGGUGUGGCAGCCACGAUAAGUUGGGAAUGUCGUCCGACUGCGAACACCUCAUACCUCUGAUCAGUAAACACCUGGAGCAGAAAGAAGCCUUCCUUAAGGCGUGCACUCUAGCCCGGAGGAAUGCUGAGGUAUUUCUGAAGUACAUCCACAGGAACAAUGUGAGCAUGCCUGGAGCCGCCGGUCACACCAGAGGACCCGAACAACAAGUUAAAGCCAUUCUGAAUGAGCUGCUGCAGCGAGAGAACAGAGUGCUUCACUUCUGGACAUUAAAGAAACGGAGGCUGGACCAGUGUCAGCAGUACUUGGUAUUUGAACGCAGCGCUAAACAGGCAUUGGAUUGGAUCCAAGAGACAGGUGAAGUUUACCUGGCCACACACACGUCACCUGGUGACAGCAACGAGGAGACGCAGCAGCUCCUCAACGACUUCCGUCACUUCAGACUAACUGCCAAGCAAACCAAGGAGAAGGUGAAGCUGCUCAUCCAGUUGGCGGACAACCUGGUGGAGAAAGGCCAUGCUCACGUGUUGGAGCUGAAGCGCUGCGUCAGCACGGUGGACCGCAGAUACCGCGACUUCUCUCUACGCAUGGGCAAAUACCAGGAGAGUCUAGAAAGGAGCCUGGGAGUCAGCUCUGAGGACAAUAAAGAUUUGGAGUUGGACAUUAUCCCCGCCAGCCUGACCGACGACCCCGAGGUCAAACUGCGUGAGCCAAACCACGAGGUCAAUGAGGAAAAGAGGAAGUCCGCCAGAAAGAAAGAGUUCAUCAUGGCAGAGCUGCUGCAGACAGAGAAGACAUACGUCAAAGACCUCCACGAAUGUCUUGAGACCUACCUGUGUGAGAUGACCAGCGGUGUGGAGGAGGUUCCUCCAGGCAUCGCCAACAAAGAGCAUAUCAUCUUUGGCAACAUGCAGGAUAUUUGGGACUUCCACAACAAUAUUUUCCUGAAGGAGCUUGUGAACUAUGAGCAGCUACCAGAGGAUGUCGGUCACUGCUUUGUCACCUGGGCUGACAAGUUUCACAUUUACGUGGAUUACUGUAAGAACAAGCCAGACUCCAGUCAGCUUAUCCUGGAGCAUGCAGGCACUUUUUUUGACGACAUUCAGCAGAGACGUGGACUGGCUAACUCCAUAUCCUCCUACCUCAUCAAACCAGUCCAGAGGAUCACCAAGUAUCAACUACUGCUUAAGGAGCUACUGUCAUGCUGUGAGGAGGGUAAAGGGGAGAUAAAAGAUGGCUUGGAAGUUAUGCUAAGUGUUCCGAAGAGAGCUAAUGAUGCCAUGCAUCUCGCCAUGUUGGAGGGCUUUGAGGAAAACCUGGAGGUGCAGGGUGAACUGAUCCUACAGGACAGUUUCCAGGUUUGGGAUCCUCGCUCGCUGAUCAGGAAAGGGCGGGACCGACACCUCUUCCUGUUCGAGUUCUCCCUGGUCUUCAGCAAGGAGAUCAAAGACUCAGCUGGCAGAACCAAGUACCAGUACAAGAACAAACUACUGACAUCGGAGUUGGGGGUGACCGAGCACAUUGAGGGCGAUCCAUGUAAAUUUGCUCUUUGGGCAGGAAGAACCCCCUCCUCAGAUAAUAAAACGGUGCUAAAGGCGUCCAAUAUGGAAGCUAAACAGGAGUGGAUUAAAAACAUCAGGGAGGUGAUCCAGGAGAGGAUGACUCACCUGAAGGGGGCGCUUAAGGAGCCUCUCCAUCUGCCUAAAACACCAGCACUGAGCAAACCCCGGAAUAACACUAAGAGGGAUGGAGGUGAAGAUGGAGACAGUCAGGGAGACGGCAGCAGCCAACCAGAUACCAUCUCCAUCGCCUCCAGGACGUCCCAAAACACUGUAGACAGCGACAAGCUCUCUGGUGGUUGUGAGUUGACAGUCGUCCUUCAGGACUUUACAGCGGGAUGCAGCACCGAGAUGUCGGUCAGCACUGGCCAGACGGUAGAGCUGUUGGAGCGGCCGAGCGAGCGGCCCGGUUGGUGUCUGGUCCGGACCACCGAACGCAGCCCGCCCCAGGAGGGACUGGUUCCCAGCUCCACACUCUGCGUGUCUCACUCGCGCUCCAGCGUGGAGAUGGACUGCUUCUUCGGCUCAGGGAAAGAAAGCUAUCCGGUCAGCAGCUCUGAUGGCAAGACAGAGUCGGUGGCGAACCUUCAGCCGCAGCCUUCCCUCAGCUCGCUGCAGUCCAGCUCCCCUGGUCCCAAACGCUCCGGGAACACUUUGAGGAAGUGGCUGACCAGUCCAGUCCGCCGCCUCAGCCAUGGAAGCUCCGUCAAGAAACUCCCUAAUAACAAACAGAAGAAGACUGGACCCGGCUCAGGAAGAGAGGAAAGCAGGAAGAGUAUUGACCUGGGACAGCCUGACCUUACAAUGCAGGAUGACAUCAUCGAUGAGAGAUUCCUCAGUAAGGACGGUAACGUCCUCUCUAAGCCCCCCUCUGGGAUGCAGAGCGGCGGGGAGGAGGAGCAGGACGAGGAGGCUCAUACCCCUCUGCCCCCCCCCAUGGAGAUCAUCAAGGACCCCUCAGCGCAGGACGACAAGACUCUGGAACCAGGCGCGUACCCCGGCUUCUCCUCGCUCUCUCCACCAGAGCAAACCACACCUGUCCAGCCGCGAAACCCCGAACUGGAGCAGAGAGCCAAAGCUAUGAGAGGACGGAUGUUUGUCCUGAACGAGCUGAUUCAGACAGAGAAGGACUACGUGAAAGACCUGGGCAUCGUGGUGGAGGUCUUCAUGAAGAAGAUCGAGGAGAAGGGCAUCCCGGAUGACAUGAAAGGAAAAGACAAAAUCGUCUUUGGGAACAUCCACCAGAUCUACGACUGGCACAGAGAUUUCUUUGUAGGAGAGCUGGAGAAAUGUCUGGAAGACCACGAACUCCUAGCCGAACUCUUCAUCAAACACGAGAGAAGACUCCACAUGUAUGUGGUUUACUGUCAAAAUAAGCCGAAGUCAGAGUACAUCGUAGCAGAGUAUGACACAUAUUUUGAUGGAAUCCAGCAGGACACCCAGUGCCGGUUGACCCUCAGUGACUUCCUCAUCAAACCAAUCCAGAGAAUCACCAAAUACCAGCUGCUACUCAAGGACUUCCUGAAGUACAGCUCAAAGGCAGGCAUUGACUGUGAACAAAUUGAGAAAGCAGUUGAUCUGAUGUCUCAAGUCCCUAAACUGUGUAAUGACAUGAUGAAUUUGGGUCGGCUGCAGGGAUACGAGGGCAAACUGACCAGUCAGGGCAAACUGCUGCAGCAGGAAACCUUCUUUGUAACAGAGCAGGACUCCGGCGUCCUGUCACGCUCUAAAGAACGUCGAGUUUUCCUCUUUGAGCAGAUCGUCAUCUUCAGUGAGCUGCUGAGGAAAGGCUCGUCCACGCCCGGAUACCAGUUCAAGAAGAGCAUCAAGGUAUCCUACCUGGGUCUGGAGGACAGCGCAGACAGCGAUCCCUGUAAGUUUGUCUUGUCUUGUCGUGGCUCGUCGGAACGCCUCACCCUGCAGGCCGCCAACGUCGACAUCAAGCAGGUCUGGGUCCGACACAUCCAGGAUGUCCUGGAUGCGCAGAGCAACUUCCUGUCUGCUCUCCAGUCUCCCAUUGAGUACCAGAAGGAGAAGAGCGGAGCAGGCAGCAGCUCCUCGCUGACCAGAAACCGCUCGAUCUCUGGGAGCCGGCCCAGUAUGUCGUCUCACAGCCGCCCGUCUUCUGCGGUGGGGCUCGGGGACAAGGAGACGGAGAGAGGGAGGAGCCAGAUGAAAGUGUCUACCUCCAACGGCGGUUCAACAUGUUUUGACAGGGACAUCGAAGGCGGCUGUAACGGCGUCUCCUCGACCAUGUUGGUCUCGCAGGACUACUCGGCGCUCAAGGAGAACGAAAUCUGCGUCAGUCAGGGAGAGACUGUCCAGAUCCUGGCCACCAAUCAGCAGAAUAUGUACCUUGUUUACCGGCCAGCCAACAGCCAAUCGCCCGCCGCCGAGGGCUGGGUGCCGGGACACAUUGUAGUCCCGCUCACAAAGUCCUUAAAAGACUCUUCUUCCACUUCCUCUUUCUCGGCGGCAGUGGCCGACGCCAACAACAUCAAGAAGUCUCUGUCAUGGAACACGCUGCGUGCCAGGAAGCGCGCUGAAGCCAAGGACUCCUUCCUCUCGGCGGGGGUCAGAGGUCAGGAGAAUGGCCUCCUCCGUAAGUCCAAAGAAAGCUCAACCCCUCCCCCGCUCGCCUCCCCCGCCACCAGGGCGAAGGGCAAAGACGUUCACACGUCAGAUGAGUCCGACUGUGAUGACGACCUGGACCCAAAAAGCGGCAUGGAGCUUCUCAACCCAAACUUCAUCCAGCAAGUGGCUCCAGAGUUCCUCGUCCCUCUGUCAGACGUGGUGUGUGCAUUUGGGGAGACCGUGGUCCUCUGCUGUAAAGUCUGUGGACGACCCAAACCCUCCGUCACCCUGAAGGGCCCCGACCAGAACCCAGUGACCAGCAAUAAUCGCUUCACCAUAGACAUCAGGGAUUCAGGUGACAUCUUGUUGAAGAUCUGUAAUCUGAUGCCUCAAGACACAGGGAUCUACACCUGCGUUGCUGUUAACGACCACGGCUCUGCCUCUUCCUCCGCCUCCAUUAAAGUGCAAGGUAUCCCAGCAGCCCCUGGGAGACCGGUGGCCCAGGAGGCCAGCAGCACGGCAGUGAUGAUCCACUGGCCGCCUCCAGCCUCAUCCGCUCACUGUGCUGCCAGCAGCUACACUGUGGAGUACAGACAGGAAGACUCGUUGCUAUGGCAGCAGGUGGCCAGCAGCAGAGAGGAGUGUGUCCAGAUUGACACACUGAUCCCCGGAGGGCACUAUCAGUUCAGAGUGCGGGCCUCCAACCGCUGGGGGAUCGGCCCCCCAUCCGAGCCCUCAAAUAUGGUCACCCUGCCCAAUAGCAACUCUGGGUACGAUGGAACAGGGAUCCAGUGGAAAGACAACUUUGAGUCAACCUUCUCUGAGAUCUGUGAGAUUGGGAGGGGACGGUUUUCAGUGGUGAGGAAAUGUCUCAACAAGUCUACAAAGAAAGAGGUUGCAGUUAAAUUUGUGAGUAAGAAGAUGCAGAAGAAGGAGCAGGUGGCCCACGAGGCAGACGUCCUCGGGCACCUACAGCACCACCAGCUGGUGGCGCUGUUGGACACGUACGAGUCUCCCACCUCUCUGAUGCUGAUCCUGGAGCUGCUCGAGGGCGGGCGUUUGCUUGAUUACCUGGUGGCCCACGAUGAGCUGAUGGAGGAGAAGGUGGCGUUCUUCAUCAGAGAGACACUAGAGGCCCUGCAGCACCUUCAUACCUGCAGAGUGGCACACCUGGAUCUGAAGCCUGAGAACAUCAUGGUGGACCUCCGCUCUCCCACCCCGGGUAUCAAGCUCAUCGACCUGGGCGAUGCCGUGCAGCUGUCCGCCCACCGCCGGUACGUCCACCUCUUGCUCGGAAACCCGGAGUUCGCUGCGCCCGAGCUCAUCCGGGGCACGCCGGUCUCUGUCGCGACAGACGUGUGGAGCGUCGGCGUGCUGUCUUACGUGAUGCUCAGUGGCGUUUCCCCGUUUCUGGACGAAUCACCGGAGGAAACCUGCGUCAACAUCUGCCGGCUGGAUUUCUGCUUCCCGGACGAAUACUUCCACGAUGUGAGCCAGGCGGCGAGGGACUUUGUGUCCUCGGCGCUGCAGCAGGAUCCCAGGAAAAGGCCGAGUGCUACCUCCUGUCUGCAGCACCCGUGGGUGGGCCGCGGGGGUGCACACGGUGGGGAGUACUCCAAGAAACCCCUGGACACCACACGGUUGGCCACAUUCAUUGACCGAAGGAGACAGCUGCAUGACGUUCGGCCCAUCACGAAUGUCAAAGGGCUGGUGAGCAGCAGCAUGGGCACCACACCGUGACGGUCCGAGGCUCUGAGUGUGUGAACACUAAAUAACAAUCCCUCUGGGAGCGCCAGGGCAUCCACGAUAACAUUACAAAAAUAUUAGAAGCAUUUACUUAUCUGUAUUUAUUAAUGUGGAAGUGGGAAAGGAAGUUGGUUGCCUGAAUCCUUCCUGUGGCACCAUGAGUCCAUGGCUGUAUGAUAUUUAAUUACUGACUAACACUUUGAUCUUUCGCCUUGCAUCAACCAUUAAUUACAUGAAGUCUUGAUUUUGCCAGACAGCAGUCCGGGAUGGAAGAGAAACCUUUCUCUGGU